UUAUUCCAACAUGCUCUAAAAUUGUAAUACGUUUACACUUUUGUAUUUCUAGAUAAUGCGAUUUUUGUUUAAUAAAUAAACCAAAGUAAACAAAUAACAUUAAAUAUAAGUACUAUAAUAUUUAUACUAAGUUAUUUCUGUUUUUAAAUAGUUAAUAAUAUAUUCAUUUGAUCUGUUAGUUGGUUUUCAUAUUAUUUUCCUUCGUGUUUAAUUUACUCUGACCUCUAGAAACUUUUCUUUAGAAGAAGAUGAUGAUUGGUAGAUAUUAUUAAUUUCUUAUACUAUGGCUAAUAUAGUUGAACAAACUCCAGAUACUACUGAAAAAACUACCACUUUGCUGGAAAAUGGUAAAAUUGUAAAAAAUGAUAAUAAAGUUGACUAUUCUAGUGUUCGUGGAAAGCUAAGUUUAGUUAGUCCAUCUGAAGAUCAAAUUGAAAUAUUAGAACAAAAAUUAAAGGAACUAAUAGAAGAUGGACACGGAGAGACAAUUUUUGAUGUAGGUUCUGGUGAUGAUGGAAGUGGUUUAACUAGUGAUGAAUUUAAAGCAUCUGUUGCUACAUUAGAUUCAUUAGCUGCUAUGCAAAAUGCUGACUGUGUGUUACUCAGAAAAAAAAAUGACAAUGGAUUUACAGCUCAGUAUUUAGUUCGAAAACGAUUAGAAUCUCAAGACUUCUUAGAAAUAAGGGUAGCAGUUGUUGGUAAUGUUGAUGCAGGUAAAUCAACAUUAUUAGGUGUUUUAACACACGGUGAGUUAGAUAAUGGCCGAGGACAUGCCAGAUUAAAACUAUUUAGGCAUAAACAUGAAAUGGAAUCAGGCCGAACAAGCUCUGUAGGAAAUGAUAUUCUUGGAUUUGAUAGUACUGGAGAAGUUGUAAAUAGACCAGAACAUGGCUCUUUGGAUUGGGUAAAAAUAUGUGAAAAAUCUACAAAAGUGAUAACUUUUAUUGACUUAGCUGGGCAUGAACGUUAUUUAAAAACUACUGUGUUUGGUAUGACUGGACAUAUGCCUGAUUUUGGAAUGCUAAUGAUUGGAGCAAAUGCUGGUAUAAUAGGAAUGACUAAGGAACAUUUAGGUUUAGCAUUAGCAUUAAGUGUACCAGUAUUUGUAGUAGUUACUAAAAUUGAUAUGUGUCCACCAAAUAUACUUCAAGAUACUUUAAGACUUUUGGUUCGUAUUCUUAAAUCCCCUGGCUGUAGAAAAGUGCCCGUUAUGGUUAAAACAAAAGAUGAUGUUAUUGUUAGUGCAACUAAUUUUGUAUCACAGAGAUUAUGCCCUAUAUUUCAAGUUUCUAAUGUAAAUGGAAAAAACUUAGAUUUGUUAAAAAUGUUUUUAAAUCUAUUAACUACUAGAGUUAUGACAACAGAUGAUGAGCCAGCUGAAUUUCAAAUUGAUGACACUUAUUCUGUGCCAGGUGUUGGAACUGUAGUUUCUGGUACAACUCUGAGAGGGACAAUUCGCCUCAAUGAUACAUUAAUGCUUGGUCCAGAUCCUGUUGGACAGUUUAUAGCAAUAACUGUAAAAAGUAUUCAUCGUAAAAGAAUGGUUGUUCGAGAAGUUAGAGCUGGACAAACAGCUUCUUUUGCUUUAAAAAAAAUAAAACGAUCACAAAUUCGAAAAGGAAUGGUAAUGGUAUCUCCUAGUCUUAAUCCAUCAGCUACUUGGGAAUUUGAUGGUGAAAUUCUUGUGUUGCAUCAUCCAACUACAAUAAGUUCUCGUUAUCAAGCAAUGGUGCACUGUGGAAGUAUUCGCCAAACAGCUUCAAUUUUAAGUAUGUCAGAAGAGUGUUUAAGAACUGGUGACAAAGCAAAAGUUCGAUUUAGAUUUAUCAAAUAUCCUGAAUAUUUAAGACCUGGGCAAAGAUUAGUAUUUAGAGAAGGUAGAACAAAAGCAGUAGGCAAUGUUUUAUAUGUUCCACCCUCUACUGGACAAGUAGGCACAAGGCAGUCACAGAAACCUCAAAAGUCAAAUCAUCAAGGACAAGGACAGUCUAUUGGAGAAAAUGAUAGUCAACAAACAUACAAAACAAGAAGAAGAGGCGGUGGUCAAAAACCAUUAGCGGAGCAAAACACUUGAACAGUAAAGAAUUCAUAGUGCAAUGUUUUAUAUACAUUUUAAGUUUCUUAUAGUUUACUGCUAACUUAAAAUUUGUGUAUUGUUUAAGUUUUCAACUACUUACAAGUAGAACUUUCUUUUGUGUAUAUUAAUAUAAUAUAUUAAAUUUUUGAAUUUUUAACUUCAAGUUAUGAGUUUGUUCAUCUUUAUAAAUAUCUAAACAAAUUAUAUUUAAAUAUGUAUUAUAAAUUAUAAAUUUUAUUUCAUGACUUAAAUUUUGUUCACUAAUAUGUUUUUAUGUACUACUAAUAUCAUUUUUGAGUAUAGUGAUUCUUGCGAUAUUUUGUUAAAGUAUAAUGUUUAAAUUUAUUAUUUAAAAUUAUAACAACUUUUUAUUUCACAAA